GUUUCUGUAUAAUCUUAGCGUCGUCCGGUAACAUUGCAUAUUAAAACCGUCUGCGCUUUUGCGGGGCUUGAUGCGCCCAUUCCCUUUGGACCCUCAGGUGAAAAUCUCUCCACGAGCCCUGCAGUGAAGCGCCAAGGUAUCACUGUGGUCAGUGAGGAAUGGCAAGUAACGGUGCCGAAAAGAUCCCUAUCAAUAAUGAUACUGAAGGUUCAGAAGCCACCAUUGAGAUAAAGAUUAAAACAUUGGACUCACAGAUUUAUACUCUCAAAGUGGAUAAACAGAUGCCUGUUCCUGCUUUGAAGGAACAGAUUGCUUCUGUAACUGGAGUGUUGUCAGAGCGGCAGCGCUUAAUUUGCCGAGGAAAAGUUCUAAAGGAUGAUCAACUCCUUUCUGCCUACCAUGUUGAAGAUGGUCAUACCUUGCAUCUGGUUGUGAGGCAACCUGAUCUAACUGGAAGUUUGCACAAUCAAUCAGCAUCUGAUCCACUUUCAAGCACAAACAAUGGUCACAGUAAUCAAAUAGCUCCUGGCGUUUUUAUUGAAACUUUUAAUGUGCCUGUUCAGGGAGAUGGAGUUCCUCCAGAAGUUAAUAGGAUCAUUUCUGCUAUUCUAGGAUCUAUUGGAAUUUCAAAUUUUCCAAGUGGCAGUGAAGGGAUUGAUGUCAGGGGACAUGAUUCCCGAGGGCUUGGGAGAACAUCAGGUUCAAGUGGCAUAUCAGAUUCAUUUCAGCCUCAAACUGAACAAGCUGGUUUGCGGAAUUCCUCUGAUAGAUCACGCAAUGCAUUUGGACUUCCAGCAGCAGCUUCUUCUUUGGGAUCAUUAUAUCCUCCUGUCAUUCCUGAUUCUUUGACAACCUUGUCUCAUUACGUGAGUCAUCUAAGGCAUGAGUUUGAAGCCAUUGUGAGAGAAGGGGGAAGUAGUAUCCAAGCAGCUGAGGCUCAUAGGAAUGAAGCAUCGAUUUCUUCUUCACCUUCAGGUUCUACAUCAGAAGGGCUUUUGUCACCUGCGUACUUGGCAGAAGUCUUGCAUUCUACCAGACGGAUGUUCACUGAACAGGCUGGCGAGUGCUUAUUUCAACUUUCAACACAACUCGAGAAUCAAGCUAAUGUAACUGAUCCCUUAUUGCGGUCAAACACUCAGUCUAUGGCUUGGAGGACUGGAGUUCUGUUUUAUAAUCUUGGCGCAUUUUUACUCGAGCUUGGUCGUACAACCAUGGCUUUACGUUUGGGUCAAACACCGUCUGAAGCUGUCGCUAAUGGUGGACCAGCAGUUUUUAUAUCCUCAUCUGGUCCUAACCAUAUCAUGGUUCAGCCUCUUCCUUUUCAACCUGGAGCAGCCUUUGGUUCUGCCCCUGUUGGAGCUGUGCAGCCCCCCUCUGGUUUAGGUAGCGGGCUUGGUUCAAGUUUUUACCCAAGGCGUAUAGAUAUUCAAAUACGGCGAGGUACAUCAACAUCCUCAGCUAAUGUCAACCGAGAGGAACAUGGGGAUGCACAAUCUGCCUCAGUACAAAGAAAUCCUGUUGAAGUUUCUGUUAAUCAAACAAGCUCAAGAUUUCCAGAGGAUUUAUCUGUUGGUGGGGAGUCAGGAGUACGGAUAGUGCCAAUAAGAACCAUGGUUGCAGCAGUACCUAGCCACUUAGGUCGCAACCCUUCGGAAUCUUCUGCUAAUUCUAUAGGGUUUUACUAUCCUGUUAUUGGGAGAUUUCAGCACGUACCUUCUGGAAAUGGGAAUAGUGAAUCAGGAUCUCAACCUGCCAGUCAGCAUCAAGCUUCUAGUUUUCAUGCUGCUCAACAGUCAACACCUGAAUCCACUGGGCAAAGGCAAAGUAUGGAUGAUCCUGCAAGAAAUGGAUCUUCAUUGACUUCUAGCUUAAGACAAGAGCCAUCUAAUACCCGCAGGGUGAACAUUAAUAUUCUGACGGCUGGUGGACUUCAGAACAACCAAGAAUCUGAGAGACAGAUACCCAAUAAUGUACUUCAGUUUAUAAGAGCACUCUUUCCUGGUGGUGAAAUUCAUGUUGAAGAUUCUAGUUCACCAGGAACAGCAGCUGAUCCUACCUCAGAUCAUGCUGGAACAUCAACAGGUGCUGCUCGUGCUCCUGAUUCGGAGCCCAGUGCUAGUGAGGAAGGAAUAUUUUUGUCUAACUUACUCCGCGAGGUCAUGCCCCUCAUAUCACAAGCAGGGUCUGGGACACAUGUAACCCCUCAAGGUGAAAACGCUUCAGACAACCAAACAACUUCUGAUUCUUCCACCCAGGGGGGGACAUCACGCAGACGAAGUGAUUCUGAGCCAAGCCCUCCGAAUCCUAAACGCCAAAAGAUGGAGUGAUACAUAUGAUUAGAGGUAAGGUACAAUCUGAUUGUGGAAGAUUUGGAUCAAAGCAAGCAGAAUUCAUGGUUGAAGUCUUAUUUUGUCAAAUUAAAAUUAUGUGCUUGUCCAGAUGUAGGCAAUCUUUAGGAAGUUUAUGUUCCUUAAUUGUGACAUCAUCUUGUACAAUAUCGGGCAUUGGAUUUGAGCUUCUCAUAAUUUUCUCUGAAAGCAAUGGAAUGUAUCAUUAUGCUGUU